UCUCUCUCUCUCUCUCUCUCACACACACACACACACACACACACACACACUCAUAGCAUGUUUUAAGUUACUGGGUAGCCUUGAAAAGCAUCCAUCUCUCUCUCUAAACUGCCACAACUGUUUCUCAUGCCAUAUAUGUGUUUUGUGGGUUUUUUGGGUUUUUUCUAACACCUGAUGUUAGUGAAAUUGUGGUAAUUUUAGAGGUGAAAAAUGGGGGAAGAUAUGGGUUGGGGUUGGCCACCAAUUGAAGCUCCACUUAAUACCCAAAAAGAUGAGCAUUGGAGAGAGUAUGAUAACUCUGUCAAUGCUGUUUCUUUUGGGUUUGUUGCCACUGCCAUUCUCAUUUCCAUGUUCUUUGUCAUGGCCAUCUUUGAGAGGUUUCUCAGACCCACCUCGCCGGCUUCUUCGCUUUCCGGUGGCCGGUACCGGAGAGAAGAUGUCGAGUCCCAAUUAAGCUUCAAUGGAAAGCUUCCUCAUCCAUCACCCAAAGUAUCUGUGAAUGCCAGAGAAGUCUCAGUGUUGAUGCCCGGAGAAGAUGUUCCCACCUUCAUUGCCCACCCGACUCCCAUGCCUUGCCCUCCCGAACGCGUCCCAUGGCCUUCCCAUCAACAUAUUGUUCAAUCGCCAAGUUUCACCCCAAACUCAAGCUCAACCUGAAAGAACCAAACAUCGGAAAUGCCUCCAUAAAACUGUAUUCAAUAUCAUGGGCCGAACUUUUGCAGAGGACAUGCAUUACUAUAGAUGCACAAGCUGGAGGUUGUCAUCUGAAAAAUAGGUCCUUUUUCACCAUCAGAGUCACUUGAAUUUAUGUACAUAGACAGGGCAAGCUAGCUUCGAUAUGUCGGAAGAACCACCAAUGAAAUAGCGAGCAAGGCUUUAGCUUGCAUGCACUAUUAUUUUCAUAUGUUCCAUAGUUUUCAGAUAUUCCAGAUGUGACUUUGCAAGAAAAUGAAGGAAUGGUGUUUGAUGUUGGGUAGAGGGGUAAAACAUUGAUUGUCUUUUAUCUUUUUGGUUGGUCAUUGCAAGUACUCACACUUUCAUAGAUAUCAAUGGAAUUGUAACUAUAAUAUUCAAUCAGCACCAA